UCGUUCGCAUUGUAAACAAGUGUUCGAGGAAGUAGGCGAUUAAUACGUCGGUACAUGAAUGAUGCGAGUGCUGCUAAGAGCACCCGGUAUUUCUUUGAGCUCACUUUCAUUUUUUGUUUCAAGAAUCCAUUCACCUACUCUCUCCAGUAUAACUGGAAAUUAUGAUGAGCGCCUUGUGCCGAACUGUCGAAGCAAUUACGUCUUUAAGAAGAUUUAUUCUGUUAUGUCUUUCUGUGACAUAAGAAGAAAGACUUCUGGGAAUGAACAAAAACAAAAUGCUGUUGAUGUACCACUUGAUCGGCUCACAGUUACUUAUACCAGAAGCAGUGGACCUGGUGGCCAGCAUGUCAAUAAAGUGAAUUCAAAAACAGAAAUUCGAUUCCAUGUUGAAACAGCUGACUGGAUUCCAGAUGAUGUAAAACAAAGGAUAAUUGAAAAGCAUAAAAAUGACAUUAAUAAAAAUGGUGAAAUAAUUAUUAAAUCACAAAAAAGUCGGUACCAGGUGCAAAAUCUUCGUGAUUGUCUGCAGAAGAUCAAAGACAUAAUAGAAGAGUCUAGCAUAAAACCCAAGGAGCCAUGCAAAUACAAAGUGCAACUCCACUAUAUAAGGUUACAGAAAAAAAGCCAAGAGAGACUAAAGCAAAAAAAACUGCAUUCGAUAAAGAAGCAAAGCAGAAGGGAGGAUCUGGACUGAAACUAAAACUAUGUGAAGACAUCAGAAAAUUCAAGAUUAUUUAUUUCAAACAUAAAAAUAUUUAGCAUUCCAUUUGGUGUGUACUGUAGUUAUUACACAUUUUUUACGCAGUGUACACAUACUUUACCAUUUUUUGAUCAAUAUAUCUUGAAAAGAUGCAAGGCAUUUGUACCCACACUAUUUGCUCACUGUAAUCACCCCCAGUAAUACAUCCACAAUCUCAAACCCC